CCCCCGCGCGCCGCAGACCCGGCUGGAGCGUCUCCGCCGUGGCGGUGGCGGUGGCCGUUACCCUUGCUUGUGCGCGGCUCUGGCGGCGGCCGGUGCUCUCCGGGCUCGCAGAGGGCAGCGGGCCGCCCCUCGCCCGUGGCCGCCUCGAGCAGUCACAGCUGGGACUGGGAGGCGAGGCGGCGGCGGGUUGUGCUCGGCCCUCCUCCUUGCCUCCAGCCCCGGGCGACUGCGGACUCCGGGCAGCCCCCGGGCGGCGGCCGAGGCAGCAGAGCCGACGGCGGGGGAUGGCGAGAUAGCGGCGCGGGAGCGGCCCGACUGAAGACAUUGCACGGAUGGUGGACAUUUCCUUAUGUUUGAGACAACCAUCCUGCAUGGUGGACAGUAAAAGAAUGAGGAUAACUUCAAAUUUCCGGUGGCUCUUACCAGCAUUUUUUCUUCUACACUUAAUGAAUCAAGUAAAUAGCCAGAAAAAGGGGGCUCCUCCUGACUUGAAGUGUAUAACUAACAAUUUACAAGUGUGGGACUGUUCUUGGAAAGCACCCUCCGGAGCGGGCCGUGGUUCUGUUUAUGAAGUUUGCAUUGAAAACAGGUCCCAUUCUUGCUAUCAAUUGGGGAAAACAAAUACUAAAAUCCCAACGCUUUUACCUGGUGAUCAUGAAAUAACGAUAAACCCUCUACAUGAUUUUGGAAGUUCUAUAAGUAAAUUCAUACUAAAUGAGAAAAAUGUUUCCUUCAUCCCAGACACUCCAGAGAUCUUGAAUUUGUCUGCUGAUUUCCCAACUUCUACAUUACACCUAACGUGGAAUGAUAAGGGUUCUGUUUUUCUACACCAGUCAAAUGUCAUUUGGGAAAUUAAAAUUCUACGUAAAGAGAAUGUGGAAGUCAUAAAAUUACUGACCUACAACACAACUCUGAACGGUAAGGAUACAGUUCAUCGCUGGAGCUGGACCUCCGACAUGCCCUUGGAGUGCACCACUCACUAUGUGGGAAUUAGAUGCUACAUUGAUGAUUCUCAUUUCUCUGGUCGCAAAGAGUGGAGUGACUGGAGCCCACUGAAGAACAUUUCUUGGUCUUUUGAUCCUGAUUAUCAGGGUAACGUUUUUCCUCAAGACAAAGUGAUACUUGUGGGCUCAGCUAUAACAGUUUGUUGUGUGACUCAAGAAAAAGUGUUGUCAGCACAGAUCGGCAAUACACAAUGUCCCCUUAUUCAUCUUGAUGGGGAAAAUGUUGCAAUCAAGAUCUAUAAUAUUUCUGUUUCUGCAAGUAGUGGAACAAAUGUGGUUUUUGCAACAAAAGAAAGCAUGUUGGGAACAGUUAUUUUUGCGGGAUAUCCACCUGAUAUUCCUCAAAAACUGAAUUGUGAGACAUAUGACUUAAAAGAGAUCAUAUGUACGUGGGAUCCAGGAAGACCGACAGCAUUGGUGGGCCCACGUAAUACAAUUUACACUUUAUUUGAAAGUUUUUCAGGAAAAUAUGUUAGGUUUAAAAGAGUUGAAGUGUCCACGAAUGAAAGCUAUCAGUUAUUCUUUCCAAUGUUUCCAAAUCAAGAAAUAUAUAAUUUUACUCUGAAUGCUCGCAAUCCUCUGGGUCAAUCAGAAUCAACAAUUUUAGUUAACAUCACUGAAAAAGUUUAUCCCCAUACUCCUACUUCAAUCAAAGUGAAGGAUAUUAAUUCAACAGCUGUUAUACUUUCCUGGCAUUUACCAGGCAACUUUGCAAACAUUAAAUUGUUGUGUCAAAUUGAAAUUAACAAAACUAAUUCCGUACGAGAAGUGCGGAAUGUCACAAUAAAAGGAGUAGGAAAUUCAAAUUAUCCUGUUGCUGUGGACAAGUUAAAUCCAUAUACUAUGUAUAGCUUUCGGAUUCGUUGUUCUAGUGAAACUUUCUGGAAAUGGAGUAAAUGGAGCAAUGGAAAACAAUAUUUAACCACAGAAGCCAGUCCUUCAAAGGGACCAGAUACUUGGAGAGAGUGGAGUUCUGAUGGGAAAAACUUAAUAAUAUAUUGGAAGCCUUUACCCAUUAAUGAAGCUAAUGGAAAAAUACUCUUCUAUAAUGUAUCAUGUUCAUCAGAUGAGAAAACACAGUCCCUUUCUGAGAUCCCUGAUCCUCAACACAAGGCAGAAAUACAGCUUGAUAAAAAUGACUACAUUAUCAGCGUGGUGGCAAAAAAUUCUGUUGGCUCAUCACCACCUUCUAAAAUAGCUAGUAUGGAAAUUCCAAAUGAUGAUCUCAAAAUAGAGCAAGCUGUUGGAAUGGGAAAUGGGAUUCUCCUCACCUGGAAUUACGAUCCCAACAUGACUUGCGACUAUGUUAUUAAAUGGUGUAACUCAUCUCAGUCUAAGCCCUGCCUUAUGGACUGGAAAAAAGUCCCUUCAAACAGCACCCAAACCGUAAUAGAAUCUGAUCAGUUUCGACCAGGUGUAAGAUACAGUAUUUUCCUGUAUGGGUGCAGAAAUCAAGGAUAUCAAUUAUUACGUUCUGUAAUUGGAUAUAUAGAAGAAUUGGCUCCAAUUGUUGCACCAGAUUUUACUGUUGAGGAUACAUCUGCAGAUUCCAUAUUAGUAAAAUGGGAAGACAUUCCUGUGGAAGAACUUAGAGGCUUUUUAAGAGGAUAUUUAUUUUACUUUGAAAAAGGAGAGAGAGACACAUCUAAGAUGAGGGGUUUGGAAUCUGGUCGUUCUGAUGUAAAGAUAAAAAAUAUUACUGACAUAUCCCAGAAGACACUGAGAAUUGCUGAUCUUCAAGGGAAAACAAGUUACCAUCUUGUCUUGCGAGCCUAUACAAAUGGUGGAAUGGGCCCAGAGAAGAGCAUGUUUGUGGUGACAAAGGAAAAUUCCGUGGGAUUGAUCAUUGCCAUCCUCAUCCCAGUGGCAGUGGCUGUCGUCGUUGGAGUGGUAACCAGUAUCCUUUGCUAUCGGAAACGAGAAUGGAUUAAAGAAACCUUCUACCCUGAUAUUCCAAAUCCAGAAAAUUGUAAAGCAUUACAGUUUCAAAAAAGUGUCUGUGAGGGAAACAGUGCUCUUAAAACACUGGAAAUGAAUCCAUGUACCCCCAAUACUGUCGAGGUUCUGGAAACUCGAACCACGGUUCCUAAAAUAGAAGAUACAGAAAUAAUUUCCCCAGUAGCUGAGCGACCAGAGGAUCGCUGUGAUGCAGAACCCGAAAACCACGUGGUUGUGUCCUAUUGUCCACCGGUCAUUGAGGAGGAAAUACCAAACCCAGGAGCAGAUGAUACCGCAGGGACCUCGCAAGUCAUUUACAUCGAUAUCCAGUCCAUGUAUCAGCCCCAGGCAAAGCCCGAGGAAGAACAAGAACCCGACACUGUGGGAGGGGCAGGCUAUAAGCCACAGAUGCACCUGCCCGUUACUUCCACUGUGGAAGACGCAGCUGCAGAAGACGACUUAGACAAAACUGCAGGUUACCGACCGCAGGCCAAUGUCAAUACAUGGAACUUGGUAUCUCCAGACUCUCCCAGAUCCACAGACAGCAACAGUGAAAUUGUAUCUUUUGGAAGCCCAUGCUCCAUUAACUCCCGACAGUUUUUGAUUCCUCCUAAGGAUGAAGACUCUCCUAAAUCUAAUGGAGGGGGGUGGUCCUUUACAAACUUUUUCCAGAACAAACCCAACGAUUAACAGUGUCACCUGUCACUUCCGUCUGCCAUCUCAAUAAGCUCUCAUUGCUAGUGUUGCCGCAUCAGCACUGGGCAUCUCGGAGGGAUCCUGUGAAGUACUGUUAGUGAGGUGGACUUCACUACAUGCAAGUUACACUAAAAGUGUUAAUGUGCUUUUAAUGUAGUCUAAAAGCCAAAGAGUAGUAACACCGAAAUUCAAUCCACACAACUCAAGAUUUGGAGCUAUUGGUGAUUCGAGCCAAAGAAUUCUCACGUCCUCUACCUUCAAGAAGCACUUCGAGCCUAAUUCUGUCCAGUCCAUACGUGCAGAACAAAUCCCCCAGCCGCUGUGUUCUGUUCUGUCAUUAAUGGUUUUCUCAUAUGUAUACUUUAUGGAAUUGCAAGCAGAUUUGCAGGCAAGGGCAAAAAAUGUCAAAGUAACAUGAUGAUGUUGAUUUGCCUGACAUUUGCUUCAUUGGAUGAAAACCAAGCACAGAUUUUAAAACUUUUAACACUAUUCUCCUCUGUCCACAGCACUUAUAAAAGUUAAUAUAAUUUUUAAUGUAGUGACAGCUAUUUAGUGUUUUGUUUGAUAAAGUAUGCUGAUUUCUGGGCCUACUGUAUAAUGGUAAUCCAACAGUUCUCAGGGGUGCAAACUUGGAAAACGAGCGUGACACUGAGCAGCCCAAAUCACAAUUGUCUUUUCUGGCUUUGGUAGGUUUUUCAAACCUCUCUGUUAUUUUUUAACGUUUAUGCCAGCUUCCCAUAUCACAGUUGGUUGCCCUAAUAUUUAAAACUUAAAUUUCUAAGACUAUAGAUCUAAGUUGUUUUUAAAAAGUCUGGGUUAUUUUUUGUUCCAGUGUCAGUUUUAUAAAUCCAUGAACAAACUCAAUAUUAUUCAUAAACAUGUAAUUCCAGUGACUUAUUGUUUGAGACGACCACUAAGCAAUGUCUGGCUGCAUUCGCUGUCUGUGUAGUUCUCACUGGCUUCGGUUCUUCCUGAGAGGGCCGUGCCCUCCUUGACACCUUGCAGCAGAUGUCCCUCCUGACCGGUCAUCUUAGCUGUUCCUCUCUUAAAUGAUCAUCAGUCCAGACUGUCUGGUCCAGGCCUCAACAUUUUAAAUAUAAAUGAAACAGACAAUGCUUCUUACAGGAACAAUUAUUCAAGGGCUAUUUUAUAUGAAAUGUCAUAAAGUCGGUGUAAGUCAAUGGGCGGACUGUGGAAAGGUGGAGCAGUUGCUCCGUGAGCUGUCCAGAGCCGUGUCGCACAGCCUCCGCUGCCCACCCUUGGUUCUCAGAGGUGAUGUCAAGAAUGAAUGCGGGUCUUAGAAAAGCAGAUAAAAAACUACAAAAUAGAUCUUACAUUGUCCUUGCCCUCAGGUUGUCUAUGCAUUUUGUGCUUUGAUAGUUACGGCAAGAGAACUUAAAAAUUUGAGAUACCUGAAUAAGUCAAGAUAUACCUGUUUUGUUACCAGUUCUGUAAUUGUACAUAAUGGAUCAGGUUUUUUUUUUUUUCCUAGCUCAUAAAUAUCUUUAUAAAAACCAUGUUGUAGAUAAGCCACACGGUGACAAAGGACAAAAUCUAUAUAGGUACUUUGUUUAUGAAUCCAGAUUUUUACUGCUAGAAUUCAGCUAAAUUCCUGAGCUUCAUGAUACAUGGACAUGUGGAAUGAAAAUAGAAAUUUUCAACACUAAAACACGUAUCAAACCAAAGCCAUCACUAGCAAAGUUUUCUCUGUCAUCUAAUUUCUCCUCUUGGGCUCCUUUCUUAGCUUCCUUCCACCCGACUCACUCAGACCUGGGGCUGCCUUCUCUCCCUGCCGAAGCCUGUCUUCACAGCAUCCCUCUUGCCCCCAUGCUUUGUUACCAUACAGGUUCUUGACUUCAUCUCUCUAAGAUAAGGAUACAUGUUGGCUAAGGUAAAGAUAAGUUGGUCUAAAUUACACUAAACUGAGAUCAUGGGAAAAGACUGUGUGAUCUCUGUCAACACUAUAUAUUUCAACUGUGACCAUCUGGAUCCUGUGCCCUUCUAUGUGACGACUCAUUUCUUUGGCUAAUGGUGACUGUCACUGGGGCUCUUGAGUCCUCUCACUCUGUCCAAGACUUCACUGCUUGUUCUGUAUGGAAAAGGUUGAGUGCUAUUCACCUGUCCCCUGCUUCUGAAGGUCCAUCCACAACAAUCACUAGGUUAAUCAGAAGCAGAGUAACGUUCUUAGUCUGGCAAGCUUCUUAUAACUCGCUGUACGCUUGGAAGAAUGUGGUUUAGGUCUGAGUCCAAAGCAGGUUCCUUAUUGUUCCCACUGAACUGAAGACAGCCGAGACCCACUGUGCUGAUCGGAAGUGACUGCCUCCCAACCCCUGCCCCACCUGGGCAUAUGGUGGCAGCCUAAACAGGGCAGUGAAGAGGGAGAGGUAGAGAGAGAAGACAGCCUUUGUCACAUACCCUGUUGUUUGUGGCAUUGGAGACACUGUCAGUGUUAAAGGCGGUCUCAUGUGGUCAUGCUCUGUCCGGUCACAUUAGUUCCUCUCCCUGGGGGAGGAGUAACUAAAGGCUUGUUGGAAGGGGCGGCUAGAUGGGUUCCGUCCAUCCCUUCCUGCCUAGGAAGAGGACUGGGGAAAUCUUUCUUUCCUCAACUAAAGCCCAAUCAUUGGCUAGAAAAUCCCAAAUGUCUGAACUGGAAUUCUGUUCCACUUUGUAUGUUGAGUAGUACUACAUUACUACGUACAGAACACAUUUACACAUCCCUUAUAAACCAAUUUCAAGUCAAGCUUCCCUUGUGAGGAAUGGAGACUCUGGUAGUCAUUACGACUAUUUCUCUUGUGAGUGGCCCUCUUAAAGAAAUAACAUUUCAUAUAAAAAUAUUCUUAGAAGACUUAGCUAGGCUUUUAACAUUAGAUAGUCCUUUUACAUUAUGUAUUGCAUGGAUUAGUACCCAUAUACAGUUGAAGUCUUCAUGUGUUGAACCUAUAGAAGCCUGGAUCUGAGAUUGUGGCCCUGGCUCUCUGGAUAGUUGAAUCGUGUGUUUAUGUGCUUGAGUGAUAGCGGGGCUGUGAUCCUGCACCUCAGACCCAGAAGCAGCCAUUU